AGUAUGUAAUUGCAGCCUGGCGCGCCGCGGGACGGAGCUCUCUCCCACGCCGGCCGAUUUUCCCCUCCCUCCCCGCCACCCGCGGGCGCCGGCCCGCGGGCGAGCGGGGAGAGGCAGUCGCGUCCUGGUCUCGAGCGGAGACAGACGUGUUCGUUGCUCCGCGAGCCGCGCACGUUGCGCUCGGGAUUGAACGUUCGCUCAGUCCGCAGUCGGUCACGGCAGCUGAGCUGCCACCGCGAAUCAGCUUAGCAUUGUUAACUUACGAGUCAUCGGGAGACGUGUCUAGCGGGCAGUUUCUACAACGCGAACGUGGUGCUACGAGUCUCUGAACUUUUCGCCGUCCACGGAACAUUACGUAACGGGCCGCGUAUGUACAGCGUUCCGUCUUCGGGCCCUUUCUCACUGGGUCAGCCUAGCAUUAAUAAACUUUACGAUUCGCGCCGAAACGUAUUUGAGAACCGCCCCGUCAUCAGGGAGUCCGUGUCGCCGUGGUAGGGCACUUGUUCCGCGACGGUUCCGCCAGGCUGCGGCAGGACUUUAUAAGCGUUAAUAAAAGACGGCUCGUGAAAUUCGUUAAUGCCGUGUUCUGCUUGCGACAACCUACCAACAUUCCUCGCAAUCACUUCACUCUCCCUCCAGGUCCCGCCUUUCCCGGUCCCGGCCACGUUGGCCUGGACCCACACCUCUCCGACGAGGGCAGUACGGGCAUAACAGGACAUUUAUUUCAACGGGAAAACGGGGACCUGAAGCCGAGGGACGUCACUGGAUUAGCAAUCAUACCCAAAAUAUAUUGCAUUAUUACAAUAAGAUCAAAGGAUCCUCAAAACCAUUAAUUAUCUUAAUCUGUAACAGUUCAAUUUUACUGUACCUUUUACAAAAUUGCUAGAUCUAGUUUUUUUUUUAACUUUCUCCUAGAAGACGUUGCUAAUUCCGUGGACCCUCUGGUUGAUGAAGAUGACUAUCAUCCUGCAAUAAUUUUGUACCUGUAUAUUUAAAAUCAUGAAAUCUAGAGCCUCUAAAAGUUACUUUUCAGUUUGCGAUCAUAAUGCGCGAGAGGGGAGUAAAUCGUAAUGUUUACAGUACUAUUAAAAUAGUAAAAUAUGUUUCCUUUCAGCUGCAGCAAUUUACAAGUCACAAUUAGCGGAUGUUAACGUAACUUGCUGACCAGGCGGCGUGUACGACGACGCCGUCGCACAGUCAAACAGAAAAGUUGCUCCUAGGCGUGCAUUAACGUAGCACACACUGGAUUCAAACUGUCGAAUUUCACUUAUUUGAUUAACAGGUUUCAUAUACUUGUGGCCACAAGUAAGAUAAUUAUUUCAACGUGGCAUUUUUAGCUCACCCACAAAAUUGCAGGAGGCUGCAAUUUGGCAAGUUGGCAUCUUUGUUUUGUAUAAUUCUUUUUUACUAAAUGUAUUGAAAAUUAUUAAUUUUGUUUAACCAAUGUUCAAACCAUCAGUUUUUUUAAUAGAAACUGUGUGAACGUGCCAGUCGUGACACUCUAAGGUAGCCCAGGGAAGCGUGGAGGCUUGAACGCGGGCUCUGCCGUGCCGCGUGGGCGCAGGAGAAGUCGCAGCUGGAGCGCGAGCUGGCGGCGCUGCACGGCCGGCUGGAGUCGGACUUCGUGCCGCGCCACGAGCUGGACUGCUUGCACCGCAGCUACGAGGCCGCGCUGGGCCGCGCGCGCAAGGAGGCGGAGAUGCUGGCUCGCGACGAGCUCAACAGGAAGGAACGUGUUGCAUGACAGUUGAGGACCAGUGACGACCGUCGGCAGAUGGAGGAGCAGGCGCGGCUGGCCCAGCUGCGCCACUCGGCAGAGUCGCAGGUGCGGCACGAGGUGGAGGAGAUGCGCUGCAAGCUGCGCGCGGAGAUGGCCCGCGCUCGCGACACGGACGAGCGCGACCGCCGCGACCCCCAGCGCCGCCGCCUCAUCGAAAAGUCCUACAGCCUCAACUUCGCGCCCGCGCAAGGCAUGAAGGACAAGGAGCUGAGUGCGAAGGGCAGCGUGCUGGAGGCGAGGCCCGCCCCGCAGCCCCUGGUGGCGCCCGUCAUCGCCAUCUCGUCCCCCGACAGCUCGCUCAGCCACAUCCUGCGCCGCGAGCUCGAGAAGAGCAUCCGCAAGAGCUCGGAGGUGGUGAUGGACCAGGCGUGCACGAGCAGUCCGUCUGGCACGGCUGACGAGCACAUGGAGCGACUGCGCAAGAAGUACUUCCUGCACUGAACGACGCACAACUCUGCGCUGUGCCGUGCCGUAGCCGUCGUCGGAGACUACUGCCAGCCAGCACCGCUCCACUGUUUGCCACUAGAACUGCCCGAGUGAGUGCUGGUAGUUUUGUUUUACAGACAUGGUACCAUAGUUUAAAACAAAUAUUUGGGAGAAUGCCACACAUUAUUUUACGUACAUGCUGAAUAUUUAAGGACUUUAGCCAUGCACCACCUGUCCCCGUAUGAGAGCCGUAGCCAAUAGCUACGUUCCUUUCAGCCAUUACGUCCAUAGCCGGUGUAGCGGAAUGUGUGCAGCUACUCGUGCUGCACCGGCCGGUGUGAGGAAGUACACCAGCAUAUUUGAAUUAAACCAAUUUUGUACAGCGCUCGCUUAGAUUUGGCAGAAUAUUUCAAAUAAACCUUUAAAUAAAAGAUUUUGCUUGUUUUUGAGUAAAAGUUUGGAUUAGUCUCUCUUGGUAUCUAGCUAUCUAUGUUCUUUUCCAGUGACAUUCAUGUGCCAUUCAAAAAUCUAAUUUAGAUGAUUGAGAUAUCCUUUGGAAGCUUAUCAAAGAUGGCAUCCUGAGAUUACACUUCAUAUCCAGAAAUGUUUACAACUGCAGAUAAUAAGUACCGUGUUUUAUUGCAUAAUCGUUGCACAGUUAUUUUAGGGUGUCAAAAUUUAAAAAAAAAAAAAACUUGGCAUAUUUACCAGUUAUUGCUCUGUAUUCAAACCCUACAAAGCUUCCAAAUAAAUUAAAAACCCUGAACUUUACCCAACAUUUAAAAUGAAACAGUUUAUUUUUUACACUAUACCUACUUUUAUAUGAAACUCCCAUUUAACACAAUGUUAAUGAAGGGAACAACUACUACCAGCGCCGUUAGUUCGUAGGCCGCCGCGAGCUUCACUAAGCCGAUAGAGAAUGCAGGUAAGUUGCCAGACCUAUCUAUAUGACCGUGGUUUUGAAUACCCUACCAUGAGUAAAAUUUAAUUUCUACAACAGAACUUGGCAUCAUAUACUUGGGUGCAAAGUUUUGUUUGUGAUGUUGCUGUUGGCACAAACAGUACAGUGUGAAAAGAGAAAUGGCACAAUAUGUCCUAAAAGAGAGGAAAAAUGUAGUAAGUGAUGAGUAAUGACAAACGGAUGUGGCGAUAAUUUUGUUUUUAAUAAAUACUGUUUUGCGAGCAAAUGGCAGCACCCAUCGUGAGACUUGGUAGCAAACAGAGAACAGACCAAAGUCAAUGUGAUCACUCGAGGUUGAAUUUAAUCUUAUAGAGAAAAAAAUCGUACAAAUGUGUAUCUCGUAUUAUGGGUAUGUAUGUACUUAAAGUGUUUAAAUGGUUAUGUAUGUGGAUGCAAAUAUGUUUUUCUUUUAAAGAGUGAAACUGAAUUCUAGUCAACAAGUUUUAAGUGAACAUUAUUAUUUAUGUUAAUUGUAGUAACGAGUAUUAUCCGUACUAUGUUCUGUGAUAGUUGAGUCCAGAUGUCCUUCCACAGAAAAUAGGCUUUAAACCUAUUUCCAGGUAUCUUCCAUGUGUUUACAUAUAAAUUAGGUAACUCAGAUAAUUUACGUUGUUCUGAGGCAUAUGUACUUCCUUUUUUAAAAAAUGCCUGUUGUAAACACUUUUUAUAUAAUCUUAGAUGAUAAGUACGCAAGAAUUUUAAUAAUAUCUUUCAUGCACUAUCUUAUUUGCUCACAUAAUUGCUGCAUGUAUUAUAUUGCAUUCAAUAACAUAAGCAUAAACAUGGAAGGUUAUUAACUACUAGUUAUUUUUCCAUCACAUGUUGUGAAAUAUGUAUGAGGCACAUAGUGAGCAAGCCAAAACCAUGUGUUUAACUUAAGCCGGGGAUUGCACCACAAAUAAAUUUUCAUCCUGCUGUGUUUAGAGCAUACUUGCUUCUGGUAACUUUGAAGGAAAAAAAUUAGCAUAAACAGAGGGUGAUUCUGUGAGCAAAUGACUUAGUUUAGCGAAUCCAACUUCUUGUUAAUCCAAUGUUGUAGAGAUAGAUAGAUAAGUAAUUUUUUCGUCUUCAAACCCCACUUCAUCACGGUACCUGCCAAUCACAUUUCCCUCCAAGUGUAACGGGAAUUCGAUGUCCCCCCCCCCCCCUCCCUUCCUGGUGGGCAGAGUUGAUGAGCUCAGUCAGUAUGUAACAAGAGUCAUAAAUCAUAAAAGUUAGAAGUCUAGAACUGUUCUCUGUGUCUGAAAAUUUGUUAACGACAUACGUAAUGUGUGUGUUGCUUAUUCAUUUAAUUCAAUGCACGAAUCAAGUGCGAUGAAAUAUUGACGAAUGACUCAGCUGGGAAGUGAGAGUACUCCGAGACAUCUCCACUUCUCACUGCAACAAUGGCAGAGUUUCCCCGCUCACAACAAAUACAGGUUGAAGCCUUGACUCUUGACUGGAAGGGAGCAUAUUUUUAAUGCCCUGUCUGUCUGCAAAAUCAAUUUUUCCCAGUCAUUUAUAAAUUACUGUGGUUAUCAACAGAGUUUCAAAAAUAAAAAUGGGACUGGUAAAUUCUGUGAAUGCUGUCUGAGCAGUCAACUCAUUUGCUGGUAUGAUCUAAUUUGUUUAUGCCUUAGUGUACAGCAUGACAUAAACAACUUCAAAUAUACCUUUGUCCAUGGUGUGUACUACUGUUACCCGUAAUGUUUUUAUCUAGUCAUGUUUAGUAUGUGAUUACAUUUGCAUCUGUUUUAGCAAGUGGAACCUUGUUAUAAUGAGCUUUUGCUUAUGAUGCACAAGUUACCAUUAUGACUGAUCAGUCAUAGCCAGGUUAACUAUUUUUAAAUUCUUAGCUGUGCCAAUGUUACAUACUUUAUGGUAACUUUUUGAAUGUUGUUGUGGAGAAGAAAAAACAAAACUUUACUGUUAUAAGUUUAAUUAAUCCUGUGUAUUUCCAAAUUUGUUUGAAUUUAGUCUUAAAUUUAAGGUAUUGAUACCAUUUUAUCCUUGUAAGAUUUGACGUAACUUUUAAGUACAUAAUUUAAGUUGGUCUGAAAAAGUUUAUUAGAACUGCUUUUGUACAUAUUCAAAGAAAAUAACUAUACAUAUAUAAACAACAAAGCAUUUUCUGUACACAAAAGCCAUGAUUUUCCACUAUCUUUGUGUAAAAUAUUUUCAAAACUCCAUUGCAAACCCAUAUUAUUUAUGAUAAACUAAUUUAAAAACAGGGAAAAUGAAUGGCCAUCAUACAUGAAUUAUGUCAACAGUCUAAAACAUACAUACUUAAAGUUUAUUCGCAAGUUUAUUGACUGUUGGCAUACAGUAGAACCCCGAUUUAACGAAGUGCUAUGGUUACCGAAAAUGUUUACUCUAAAUCGAUGUUUCGUUAAAUCCGAUUUACCGAUUUUCAAUGACCCCCGCAUUCAUAAUCGUGUCUCUACGUUUCCAUAUCGUAGACAGGGUCGACGCCGAUAUCUUGUGCUGCCGUGCUAUCUCAGAGAUUGUCAACUUUCCAUCUUCAACGUUUUUGAUCUCGCUCGUACGGCCCCCGGUUCGUACGCACACCUCGGUCGUACAUACAGAUUUUCAGAAACCGUGAAAAAUGAGGCAUAAAAUAAAAUAAAAAGUUUAAAAAUAUGAAAAGUGUAAGAAAUACGUUAAAGUUUAUUAAAAUACAGUCGCAACCCGCAGCGUUUAUAACAAAUACGAGCUACAUACACAUUGCGUCACAGUAAAAAAUGUGAAGAAAAAAAAAUGGCCGCAAAUUGAUGGAAAUUUACCGUCAAUAGCGCGCCGUACGCGGAGAAAGGUCAUUGUACUCAGUCAGCUGCUGUUACGGCGCGGCGUAGCCGCCGUUUGGCUCUCUUUGUUCGCUGAGCUGAGGAUGCUCACUCUACGCUCCGCCUACACGCGUGACCUUCCAUCAGCAGCCAGCCAAUAGACGCGAGCUUAGCGGAAAAAAAUAAAAGCUCCACCGCCCGUGUUCCAGUUUUGUCCAGUUCUAAUACCAGUUUAUUGGUAUACGCACCAGUUUUCUCGCUGCCUUGACAUGUUCAAAUUAACGUUCAUCUUGAUGUCUUGAUAGCAAUGAUUAUUUACAAUCCCCAGAAAGAAAUGGUUAGUAAAUAAAUUCAUAGACCAAUAAAAAAGCGCAAUGAUUAUUUACAAUCCCCAGAAAGAAAUGGUUAGUAAAUAAAUUCAUAUACCAAUAAAAAAGCUAAGCAGGUCGUCAACAGGCAGUGUAGUCAAUUCCAAUCGCAAUCUGUAGUAAAAAAUCCAAGAAGAAAAGCAAAAAAUCGAAGUCCGAACAGCACUAAUAAAGAACGUAUUCCAAAAACUAAACACCGCGCACAAAGCUCUUACUGAGAAUAAUAGUACAGCUGCAGCAAACCGUAUGUAUUCGGUACUGAGUAAUGGGUGCGCCGUCUAGUAACGAGUAACGAAACGUUACACACGGCUGCAUCUCGUUACUCGCAUUUUUUGUAUGUUUUACGCAUGCGCGCGCAUAUUCGUUGAAUUUGCGUUACAAAGAACUAUGUUUGUUUAUCAAGUAAAGUAUAAUUUGGAAAUUCGUCGUCAAAAUUUUGUACUGUUUAUUUAAGGUAUUAUGUGUGAAGACAAAGUUUGAGAUUGGAACACAAACAACGUAAGAAAGUAUUGUUUACAAAUUAGAAAUAUGUAUGUUUUUGUUUUUUACUAUCAUGUAUUUUCACGUUUUUUUGUUCUUAUCUUAAAAGAGAUAAUAUAAAAAAGCCGCUCUAAUGAGAUUUAAUUGUUUCUUGGUUAACAAAAACUGUUAAUUAUCAAAUAUUGUUAAUUGUUUCUAUUCUAUUUAUUACCUAUUAUUUACGCGACGUCAUACUGUACGCGUACGCAAUACGACUCGAUUCGUUGCUGCAAUAUAACAUAGCAUGUUAUGCGGUAUCAGAAGUAAGGAGUAAUGUAACGAUACGAUAGUAACGAGUACUAAUUGUCAUAGUAACGAAUACAUACGGGUACGCUUUUUUUCGUUACUUUUACACCUCUAGAAAAUAAUGAUAAUGGCGUGUUGGUGUGACGUGGUCACAAGUUGAAAAAACCUGGAGGAUGGGAAAGGAAAUAUUUGGAAACGUGUGAUUAUUGGCUAGCACUGUUACUAUGCCGGCGUGAUUGGAAGAUAACGUGGUGAGUCAAGCAAUGAACAGGGGAGGUGGAGGGGGAGGGGGACGCAGACAAAGAAACCCUUCAUGAUGUCAUGUGUCGCGGACAGUCUAUCUAUCCAGGUGCGCGCAAUGGCACGCACCUACGCAAUUCAGUUACAGCGCCCGGAGUUUUUAAGCAAUUUGAACAAUAUUUUUUAAUUUUUUCGUAUUUGGACAGAUGAUGCAAAGGCACAUAUUAAUAUAUAGUACCUCCAUUCUAUUACUGACACCACAGAGUGUAUUUUUUAAUAAGAUUCCAUUACAAUUUACUUUCAUUUUUUGGAAAUCUAUAUUAUUAUUUUAAUAAAUUGGUGUUUUUUUUUUUUUGAUGGUUCCUGAAAACCUUUACGUUAAAUCGCUGUUUUCGUUAAAUCCGUGUUCGCAAAAUCGUGGUUCUACUGUAAUUCAAUGCAAACCCAUAUUAUUUAUGAUAAAAGAAUUUUAAAAAAGAGAAAAUGAAUUACUGUCAUACAUGAAUUAUGUCUACAGUCUAGAGCAUACUUAAAAAGUUUAUUAAGCACAUGACAUGCACAAGCGUAGUGGAUCAUGCAAAAAAAAUCUUUCUCUUCUAAACAGUUUUAAAAAAUGCUCUUCCUAUAAAUCUUUCACCAUUGUUCCAGUAAGUUAAUGCCAAAUGGAGACUUGUGAUAUUCAGGACAUGCUUUCUUGUAAAUGUACAAUUUUUUUGACAUAGCAAAUAUGUACAUUGAAAAAAAUGUUUUUCAGUGUGCAAAUCUGUACAUUGAAAAUAUAUUUUUCAAUUCAACAAUUAAUUCAGAAGCUUAUGUUGGAUCACUUCUUCACUUGUUCUCUGCUCAUUGCACAAGAUUUAGCAACUUGCCUUCUUGCCUUGUGUGUAGACCUGUGCGAAUAUUCAAAUUUUUGAAUACGAAAAAGCUGUUUGUAUUUGAUUCGACCUUGAAUACUGACACUUCAAAAUAACGAAUAUUAAUUUCCUUAUGAAUAUUGGACCUACCUCGUGAGUUUUUCUUAUACCAACGUUUACUGUUGAGGUUAAGACAUUUCUGCAUUCUGCAAAUAUAAAUACCAUUUUUUUGAUGUUAAAGGGGCUUCAUAAUCAAAAACAUUAACAAUAAGCAACAUUUUAAACAUGCAACAAAUAUUCAAAGUUUUUUUUUUUCCCCCUACUGUCUCGCUAAACAGUAACGGAAGAAUCACGUGAACGAUUCAAAACUCAGCUCAUUCGUCAUUUCAAACUUGAUAACAAAAUAUUAUUUGUAUUAAUUUCAUCAAACGCACCAGAAGUGGGAAAAAAUAAACAAACAUCAACAUCCAUGGCCUACAACACCACAAAACACGGACACACUUUUGAAAUGGGCAUUAAAAGAAGUAAUUGUCAUAGUUUCAAUGCCGUAUAAAUCAAUAGUCACAAUCGAUCUAACACCAUUUGAUACAAACAUUGCUACUCAAAAUUAUACUAAAAAAACAUAAAUAAGGGUUUAAGAUUCCAGGUUAAAUUAGAAAAAAUUGUUUUUAGAACAUUACUGUACUAAAAUACAACUUACCUGGCUGCUAUUAAUUAAAAUUCGUGAAUAUCUAAGGAUUAAAUAUGUAAAUAUGAGCUCAAUCACUAAUUAGGGAAUACAUUUUAAAAAAAUUAUGUUUUUUUCGUAAAAUAGAUUGCAAUAAAUUUCACUGUAUUUUGCAGUUCACGAAAAUUUUCGGGAUCAAUAUGCAGAGAAGCAUGUUAUGGAAAAUAAGGCAAAUAGGAACUGAAAUAAAAUUACUUUAUAAUUUAAUUAUUUCAACAAACAUUUUCCUUAUAAUUAUUGCAGCUGACUUAACUAAAGCAACCUUUCACUUUAGUGUUAUUAGUCCAAUUUCCCAGAAGUUGUUGCAGGACGUGAAAAAAAUUUUUUAGUGGGAUUCAAAUUCUUAUUACAUAUUCGAAUUCAAUAUUCAUAUUCGCAUAAAAUUUUAUAUUUGUAUUCGAUUCAAACUAAAAAAACUGAUAUUCACACGGGCCUAUUUGUGUGAAUGGUGGUAGCGAGGGCAAGUGGCAUUUGUUCACUUUUCUUCUUUUUGAAUGAAAUGAUAAUUAUAAUUAACUUGUUUCUAACACUACAAGUCUUUCAGAAUGGUUCUGAAUAUUUUUAUAUAUAUUUUUUUUUGUGUUUGUUGAUUACUGCUAAGUGUGACUGUAGCAAUUGUGAAGCUGAAGAUUGUAAGGUGCUGCUGUUGAAGACGAAGCAGCUUCAACUUGCUCAGAUGCAGCCACCAGGCAUUGGACAGGACAACUCGAGUGUGGACACAUAAUAAACCUCAAAACAAUUUUAAAUUAAGGUAAUGCAGUUUUGAGCAUUUUUGGCUGUGUACUACACUACCUAUUUUAAAAUGAAAUGUGUGUGUAAUAAUUAAAUAAAACAAAUUUGGAAGUUGUUACGUAUUGUGUUGUUCACCUUUAAAUGGAGAAAUAUAAUUCUUGUUUCCUUUCA